AUGGCAUCAACUUCUACACGACGUAUUCAAAAAGAACUUGGAGAUCUGAUGUCUUCUCCUCCAGAGGGAAUACAAGUCUCACCUGAUGAAGAUAAUUUUCAAAUUUGGAGAAUAACCAUUACUGGACCUCAAAAUACACCUUAUGCAAAAGGUAAAUUCAAGUUAACAGCAGACUUCACAAAGGAUUAUCCGUUCAAACCUCCUGUGCUUUUAUUCAAAACGAAGAUGUAUCAUCCGAAUGUCGAUGGGGAUGGAAACUUAUGUAUCGGUUUACUGAAGACUGAAAAUUGGAAACCUGCUACGAAGAUGUCAGGAGUACUUCAAUCUAUAUAUGAUUUGAUCGAAACUCCUAAUCCAGAUGAUCCAUUAGUAUCUUCCAUUGCUGAACAGUAUAGAACCGAUAGAAAAGGGUUCGAGAAGAAGGUAGCUGAGUAUACUAGCAAGUACGCUACUUAG